AUCGUCUGCGGAAAAUUCAUUUAAUGAUACAUAUGGAGUAUUGGUAGUUAUCGAUAAAUCGGAAUUAAAGCCCACUUUGCGAUGCUCACUUUCCCGUGAACAGCACCAGAAAGCAAAAAAUAUCCUAUACUUUAUAGCUCAGCAACAAUAA